CACUUUUGGCCGUCACUUUUGGUAGGGAAAGAGCCAAGCACUGAAAGUUUCCACCCAGAAGCGCAACCCAGGCCAAUCGCAGGACCCUUAAAGCAAUUCAUACGUGUGAAUUACCUGCCAUUCCCACCCCUGGGGCCCUGGAGGACUUGAAGGUGAUAUGCCCCCCAAGAAGAGAGCCCAACAAGGCGCGCCUGCUAGGCCGGCGGCGUCAUCUGAACCAGCGAGACAACCCCCGAACUGGCCUGCCCUAACUCCUCUCGUACCAGACGAGGACCUUGCCCUGCACGAGGUGCUUCCAAAACAGAUUGUUACCAUCCCCAACUUCUUCACGGCUUCGCUUUGCAAGACCUACGUGUCUUUCCUCUCUUCGUUGCCACUGACGACAACGCCUGGGAAACCGAAGAAAGGCGAUGCGGUGCGAGUAAACGACCGCUAUCAAAUCGACGACCCUGUGUUUGCUGACCGACUAUGGAACGACACAGGACUAAGGAGGCUAGUCACCGGUGACGCGGAGGAAGGGGCGCUCGGCCUCACUGAAGCGCAGCGGAAAGAGCUGUGGGGUGGCGAGGUGGUGAGCCUCAAUCCCAAUAUCCGUGUCUAUCGGUACUCCAAAGGCCAGUUCUUCGACCAGCAUUAUGACGAUUCCAACAAUGUGACCAUUCAAGCUCCUGGAUCACCGCCUGUGUCAACGCGCACCACCUGGACUUUGUUGAUAUACCUCACCUCUCCAGCGACGGGAUGCACCGGCGGAGAGACCGUCUUCUACCCGGACCCGCCCAAGAAGAAGAGCCGAGACCCUCCACCGGCGCCUUUCGUUGUCGACCUUGAAAUCGGCCUCGCGCUGCUGCAUCGACACGGCCCCGACUGCAUGCUGCACGAAGGACGCGAGGUGAAUAACGGAGAGAAAUGGGUCAUCAGAAGCGACCUAUGUGUCAAGCGUUGAGUCCACAUGGCUCUCUGGUACCGUGAUGCGAGGUCGCUUCGUCUUUCUGCAUCCAUGGACACCAACCUUCACUUUUGGAAUCGACCACCACCUGCACGUCAAUAGUCCAUACCUUCGAGGCUGCGUAUAUUCUGUCAAAGCCUGCCAUUUCGCGUACUGCUGCAGCGUGUGGCUGUGUAUUUUGCGUACCCACUUCCAGACGCGAUUGGGAUACCCCCCUU